GUUGUAGUCGCGUGUUAGAAUGUCAGCUGACAUCCCGGAAGUAAUACAAAUAAUAAAUAUCGCUGUUACUCUCUUUACAGUUUAGCAUUUUCCUGUUAAAUUAAUAACGUUAUUUAGGCUGCUAUUAUGGAGGGUGCACUGGAGCAGCAUCUUGACGAUACAAUGAAAAAUCCUGCCAUUGUUGGGGUUUUGUGCACAGACGCUCAAGGCCAUAAUCUAGGAUGCCGUGGCUCGCUUUCUGAUGAACAUGGAGGAGUUGUGUCUGUGCUGGCCAAGCAAGCUGCUUCUCUAACCAAAGACCCCACUGACUCUCCUACUGUGUGUCUGGAGUCUGACUCUGGGAACAUUUUGGUGAGAACACAUGGGACAAUUACACUGGCUGUACAUAAGAUGGCAUCAUAAAUUCAGUUUGUUUCUAAUUGUCAGAUAUUGAAUGUGUGCAGUGUUUUUAAACAUCAUUAUUUUGAGUUUGAAAAGCUUCAGCGGUCUAUUGUCAGCAACAUACAAGUUUAAUGAUUAGCUGUGGAUCGUGUCUUCCAUCAUUUUGGAAACCAUCAGAUAUUUGUGUACAUGGUUAAUCAAUCAUUUCUUUUCCAAUAUCUGUACUUUCUUUCAGCCAUACUCCACAGUUUAGAUGUUUAUUGCUUUUUGUUUGGUCAAACUUUUGUUUCCCAGUUAAUAAAUGUGUUAUUUAAUGAAACUAA